AUGAAGCCCCCCUACCACCCGGCCCCGGCCUACAAGCCGACCCCGGCUCCCUACCACCCUCCUCCGUCCUACAAGCCCGCUCCCUACCACCCGGCCCCCUCCUACAAGCCCGCCCCCUACCACCCUGCCCCGUCUUACAAGACCGCUUCUUACCACCCGGAGCCCCAGUACAAGGAGGAGGCUAAGCCGUUCGCUUACGACUAUGCCGUCAACGACCGCUACUCCGGAGCUAGCUUUGCCAAGAAGGAGGAGAGCGAUGGCCACAACACCCAGGGAUAUUACUCGGUGGCUCUGCCCGACGGCCGUGUCCAGCACGUCAAGUACGUCGCCGACCACUACGGUGGCUACAACGCUGAGGUCACCUACGAGGGAGAGGCAACCUACCCCGACUACCACCCCGCUCCGGCCUACAAGGCUGCCGCACCGGCCUACAAGGCCGCCUACAGCCGUCCCGCUCCGGCAUACAAGGCGGCGGCGUACUAG